AUGAAUACUUAUUUCGGUUUAUCAUCAACAAUGAAUAAUAACAAUAAUAAUAAUAAUAAUCAAUCAAUAUAUGAAACAGAUUAUAAUCGUGGAAAUUUUCGUUUAAUAACUAAAGAUCCAACACGUAUGAAUACUUAUUCAAAUUUAAAUAUGUUACAAACAGAUAUAUCUCAUCAUCAACAAUAUCAUUUUGAACAACAUCAAUCAGCAAAUGAUUAUUUAUUAUCAACAUCAAAUUGUGCUGCAUCAACAUGGAAACAAACUGAACCAAUAUCAUCAACAGUUAAUAAUAUGAUACCAUCAUCAGCAUCAACAUUUUCUAUGUCAGUUACAAAUCCAAUGCUUUAUUAUGCACAUUCAUGGAUGAGACCAGAAAUUAAUUUUGAACAUAAACGUACUCGACAAACUUAUACACGUCAUCAAACACUUGAAUUAGAAAAAGAAUUUCAUUACACGAAAUAUUUAACACGUCGACGACGAGUUGAAAUUGCUUAUAGUCUUGCAUUAACUGAACGACAAAUUAAAAUUUGGUUUCAAAAUCGUCGAAUGAAAUGGAAAAAAGAAAAUAAUUUUAAAUCACUUAAUGAUCCACAUGUUAAACUUGAAGCUAAUGCAACAAAUAAUGGUCAUAAUCAUCAUCCAUAUCCAACGUCAACUAAUGAUACAUCAUGGUCAUCAGUAUCAAAUGUAAAAAAAGAAAAUAAUCAUUCAUUUAAUAUCAAUGAAAAUGAUGAAUAA